AAACUUAUGGCGGAUUUUACCAAGGGUCAAUCUUGAUUGUUGAUGUAAGAAACCGAUUUGGCAAUUUCAUCAAAGCAAUCAUGAACAGACAUAGCCUUGUGUCAACGGCAACAGAUGAAUGCAAUAAAGGAGUUGGUCAAACUUGCUCGACUUCUCCAUCUCCAGUCCAUAACUUUCUGAAUGUCCAGCCAGAACACCGGAAAUCUCCCUUCAUAAGAUCACAAUCUCCAGAUUCAACUGCUCAGCUAUGGCCAAAGAAUAUUUCUCAGAGCACUUUCUCUCGGUCUUCCACCUUCUGCACAGACCUCUACUUGUCAUCAUCUUCAACCUCUGAGACUCAAAAACAUCUAGGAAACAGUCUUCCUUUCCUCCCUGAUCCCUCCUCUUACACCCACUCAGCUUCUGGAGUGGAGUCUGCUAGAUCUCCAUCUAUUUUUAGUGAGGAUUUGGGCAAUCAAUGUGAUGGAGACAACUCUGGGUCGCUUCUCAAAGAUUUCCUUAAUCUUUCUGGAGAUGUUUGUUCCGAUGGCGGUUUUCAUGAUUUUGGCUGUUCAAAUGACAGCUUUUGCUUAUCAGAUCAAAUGGAGUUGCAGUUCCUCUCUGAUGAACUUGAGCUGGCUAUCACAGACCGCGCUGAAACCCCCAGGCUUGAUGAGAUCUAUGAAACGCCAUUGGCUUCGUCAAAUCCAGUGACCAAAUUGAGUCCAAGCCAAAGCUGUGUUGCUGGAGCAAUAUCUAUAGACGUAGUUUCAUCGCACCCUUCUCCAGGAUCAGCAGCCAAUCACAAGACGAGAAUGAGAUGGACUCCUGAGCUCCACGAGUCUUUUGUAAAGUCGGUGAUCAAACUUGAAGGGCCUGAAAAGGCCACUCCAAAGGCUGUUAUGAAGCUCAUGAAUGUUGAGGGUUUGACGAUCUAUCAUGUAAAAAGCCACUUGCAGAAAUAUAGACUAGCCAAGUAUAUGCCGGAGAAAAAAGAAGAGAAAAAGAAUGAAAACUCCGAAGAAAAGAAACUGGCUUUGAGUAACAGUGAAGCUGACGAGAAGAAGAAAGGGGCCAUACAAUUAACUGAAGCUCUGCGUAUGCAGAUGGAAGUUCAGAAGCAGUUGCAUGAACAGCUCGAGGUGCAACGGGUGCUUCAGCUACGAAUUGAAGAGCAUGCUAAAUACUUGGAAAAGAUGUUGGAAGAACAACGCAAAACUGGAAGGUUGAUUUGUUCUUCUUCUCAGACAGUGUUAUCACCUAGUGAUGACUCUAUACCAGAUUCUCAAAACAUGUCCAAACCCGAAGCAUCUUCGCCUCAGCGGUCAACAUCUGCAAAGAACAAAGCUUCCGAAACUGAAGACGAUAAAUGUGAAUCCCCUCAUCAGAAACGUCGCAGGCUUGAGAACAAAGCUGAAUCUGAAGAUCCUAAGAGAUCACUGGAAGUCUAUGUGCUAAUCCUAGGUAUGGUUACUCCUUUUCUUGAAUCAGACAUUGGCAAAGAGACGUUUCAAAAGAUAGUGAUGGAGGAAAGAUCUGGUCAUUCUGCUAACAGAGUUGGGGAAGUCCAAACGGGUAAUGGUCAUAAGCGUGGAAGAAGUGAAGAUUCAUCCAGCAAAAAUGUUAAUAUAGGUGUGGUGACUGAUAAACAAGAUCUGUUGUCAAACAAAGCCCAAAAGAAGUGGGGAUUUCAAAAAUGUGUCAAUCUUUCAGCUGUGGAUUCCCCAUGUUUCAAAGCAACGAUGACUGUAGGUGGUGGUCAGAUGGGGCUUAAGAGCCCUGAUUCUCAUGAUUCAAACAGAUGGAGGCUUCAAGAUGCAUUAGAGGAAGUGCAAGAUCGUGUGAAGAAGAUUAAAGAUUCGUGGGCAAUCACAGGAUGCAGCAUUUUGUUAGAUGCUUGGGUUGACCAGAAAGGCCGCGAUCUGGUUGCUUUUGUUGCAGAUUGUCCAGCGGGUCCAGUGUAUCUGAUAUCAUUUGAUGUUUCAGAUUUUAAAGACGAUAUCACUGCCUUACUAUCGCUAGUAAAUGGGCUUAUUGAGGAAGUUGGAGUGCGUAAUGUGACUCAAAUUAUUGCAUGUUCAACCUCUGGUUGGGUUGGUGAAUUGGGCAAGCUAUUUGCAGGUCAUGACAGGGAAGUUUUCUGGUCUGUGAGUCUAUCCCAUUGUUUCGAGCUUAUGCUGGUGAAGAUUGGGAAAAUGCGUUCCUUUGGAGACAUACUUGACAAAGUCAAUAACAUCUGGGAGUUCAUCAACAACAAUCCCUCGGUUCUGAAAAUUUUCAGAGAUCACAGUCAUGGAAUAGACAUAACAGUCUCCUCGGAGUUUGAGUUUGUGACGCCAUAUCUAAUUCUAGAGAGUAUUUUCAAGGCGAAGAAAAACUUGGCAGCCAUGUUUGCUUCAUCUAAUUGGAAUAAAGAAGAGGGCAUAACAAUAUCAAAUUUGGUGAAUGAUUCCUCUUUUUGGGAAACAGUUGGAAGUGUUCUGAAAUGCACAUCUCCUCUGAUUCGCGGUCUGCUCUUGUUUUCAACUGCCAACGAUCAGCAUCUUGGAUAUAUUUAUGACACUGUGGACAGCAUAAAGGAGAGUAUCGCGAGAGAAUUCAAUCACAAGCCACAACUUUACAAGCCGUUAUGGGAUGUUAUAGAUGAUGUUUGGAACAAACAUCUUCACAAUCCUCUACAUGCUGCUGGUUACUUUCUGAACCCGACUGCUUUCUACUCAACUGAUUUCCAUCUUGAUCUAGAAGUUGCCACUGGUCUUAUCUCCUCUCUGAUUCAUAUGGUAGAAGAUUGUCACGUUCAAUAUAAAAUUUCCGAACAGAUUGAUAUGUACAGACUCGGUAAAGAUUGUUUUAACGAGGCGAGUCGAGCUGAUCAGAUCACUGGAGUCUCUCCAACUGAGUGGUGGGCUCAUAAGGCGAGCCAGUACCCAGAACUGCAGAGCUUCGCCGUUAAGAUUCUGAGCCAGACAUGUGAAGGUGCGUCAAAGUACAAGCUGAAGAGAAGCUUAGCAGAGAAGCUAUUGCUCACUGAAGGAAUGAGCCACAGUGAACAACAGCAUCUGGAUGAGUUGGUAUUCGUUCAUUACAAUCUUCAUCUACAAAGCUGCAAAGCCAAAAUAAGUGAAGAGAUUGUGGUGCAAGACGUUUAUAUGGACUGACCCGUUCAGAGUUUAGGUAGUAUAUUCAUUAAAGUUCACACCUUUAGAAUCGAUACUGGACCAGUAUUACUGGUGAAUCAAGCAGCUAUACUCAUCAUUUAUUCCUGUGUGCUUCAGUGAGAAACAUAUCAUAAUCCCCAGAAUCUCUGGAUUUUUUAGAUCCAUUCUGAGAAAUUUCGGUCGUCUUUUGUAAUCACUGAAUCGUAUGGCUUUGUCUUAUAUAUUAACAAAGUUUGGAUUAACUU